ACAAAUGGGAACCAAAUCUGCGGGUCAGGUACUGUGCUUCAUAUUUGGGUUGAUACUAAGAUUGGCAUGGACAUACCGAACAGGUGCUCCAACCAGGGCAUGCGGAGAUAUGACGCCACAGCAUGGUAGCCCAAUAAAUACAGAGCCAGCCCCGUACCUUGUCGAAGUCUCGAAGACACAGUAUACUCCAAAUGAAAGAAUAUAUGUACGUAUACGAGGCUGUGGACUGGCUAAGUUCAAGGGUUUCAUGAUCCAGCCAAGGUCGGCUGUUUAUCCCGAUAGGCCAGCCUUCCUUGGCGCUUUUCUCCGGGUUCGUGGAACACGAUAUGAAUGUGUCAGAUCAGGUGCUGUUUUAACCCAUAGCAGUCCCGACGAAAGAAGUUCUGUCACGUUGACAUGGAUUGCACCACCUGGUGCUGCCGGCCAUGUUGUCUUCAGGGUUACUUUUGUUCAGUCAUAUAUGAACUACUGGGUUGGAAUUAAUUCACCUGUUAUAUACGACGGCGUAUCACGUGACCUGUCGAUAAUGCAGGCUUUCAGUCUACAGUCAGCUACAGAUCAAUCGUGCUUACCCUCACGCCAAUCGACAACUACAAUACGUACAACAACCACCACAAGAAGGACUACAACAACAUCCAGGCCAACUACAUACCCACCGACCAUACCAACAGAGCUAUGGUUCGAAACAACAAAUAAGCCAACUACGACAACCACAAAGCGUCCAACAACAACAACAACUCGAAAAACUACAACAUCUACUACAACCCGUCCAACAACUACUAGACGAGCAACAACAACAACAACUGAACCACCUCCGAUAAUCACACGACUUACAACAUCUAGAAUUCCUACAACAACAAUGAAAUUUUAUGAGCAAACUUCAACGACUGACUUUCCAACAACUACGGCAAAAACAACAACACCUGCAAGUACAACAACAACAACAACAAUUGCACAAACUACAACCAGACCUUUACCGGCAACAAAAAGAAUAAUUACUACAUCAUCUCUACCAGAAUCAACCUUUGAUCCGUAUAUGGUAGAUAUAUGGACCACUACUAAUGCUCCAAAAACGACUAAAGCCGCAGAGCUGCAAAUUAUACCAACGGCAAAUCCCCCUACUGAGAAAUCACCAACGACAAGGAGACAAGUGCCAGUCACAGUGAGACAAAUGCCUGUCACAAACGAACAAAUACCGACAACAGUUAGUCAAACGCCAGUUACAGACCGGCGAAUACCUAAUACAGUUCGGCGAAUAACAGUCUCUGACAGGGAAAUUCCUACCACUUUCAGACACACAACAGUCACAGAAAGACAAUUACCAACAACAAUAAGACAAAAUCCAGUCACAGUCACUGUCAGGGAAAUACCAACAACAGUAAGGCAAAUUCCCGUCACUGUCAGACAAAUUCCUACAACAAUAAGGCAAAUUUCAGUUACGGACAGGCAAAAUAUCAUUGUCACAAACGGACAAAUUCCAGUAACGGACAGGCAAAUUCCUUCAACAGUGAGGCAAACUUCAUUUACAGACAGAGUCAUCCCUGCUUUUAACGAACAUGUUCCAGUUACUGUUAAUCACAGUCCUGUUAUAAAUGGUAUAAAUGGGCAACUUGUCGUAACAGAUAGACAGAUAACCGUCGCAGAUAGACGAAUUCCUACCACCAAUCCUGACUUUCAUAAGCCAAAUAUAAUAGUUUCGACUGCAAGCAUUAAAACGCCUUUUAUAGAAUCAGUAACAAAUUUAUAUAAACCGAAACAAAAAACAACAACAACCACAAUAUAUCCUAAUAUAAACACAGAGUCGUACAUUCAAAGGUCAACAUACUAUUACGACUAUGAUCAAAGUCAAAGUGGCAAUAGAAAUUUACAACAUAGUCAGCAAUAUAUACCAACAGACACAGCAUUCCUGCCAUCAGAACAGAACUACAUCCCUACAGAACGUACAUAUAUCCCGUCUGAUAACUUAAGAAAUUCAUCAAUUUAUGAACAAACAACAUAUAAACAGUUCAAUCCGACAACUAAAAAUCGACAACAGAAGUUCCCUCCAUCCACUGGUUUACCAUUUUAUAGAACUACAAAAAGACCCCAGUUUUCCGAAACAAGCACGCAUAGUCCAUCUUCUAAAACGGAUACAUAUCUCACUUUUCCACCACAAACAUAUACUCCCAAACUACCAUGGAAACAAACCACGGAAUUAUUGUCCUCAAGCACAGCGGCCAGUGUGCAAACCACAAGAAUUUUACCGAGAAAAAUAAUACCAACAUAUAAACCAGCCGAGUUGAAGAUGUUGCCGGACCCUGAAUGUGGCGUUACACGUGGAUGUUUUGAUGACUGUAGAAACGGUGCAUGUAAUUUUAUUGUGUCAUGGAAACCGGAGAAAAAUCUGACAAAAUUUGAAAUCCGGACCAAGCCAAUGACAAAUGGACAAAACUGGGCCGCCAUUGGAUUCAGUGACGAUAAAAUGAUGGGUUUCGAUAGUGUAACUGAAUGUAUCACAGAAGGAGAUACGAUACAGGUCUACCAAUCAUAUAACUUGGAUUAUUACAGAAACAUGAGGUUAUUAACGCCAAAACUUGGCAUUAUCGAAGAAUAUGGAUCAUCAAAUAACGGGAUAUUUAGCUGUAGCUUUACAAGACAAAAUUUCGUUGAUGGAGAGAAAGAUGUGUUUGAUCUGAACAAGGACUGGCACAUGAUGUUUGCCGUAGGUCCAGCAGUUAAUGGCGUAAAGAUACCUCACCGCUAUGAUAUAGUGCCACCAGUUACUACAGACCGGAUGGACCUCCAAAGAUAUCCACCAAUGCACGAGACAUAUGACUAUAGAGCUGCAAGAAAAGAAAACAUAAAAGUGAUCCAGACAAAAGAGACAGUACUUGAUCCUAUUCAGCAUAGACGUAUCACCAUGGAUGAAUCAUGCGGAACAAAGAAAUCUUGUUUCCAGGAUUGCACGGGAGAAGGUUGUAAAUUCAUUGUGACAUGGGAAGGAGCACUAGACUAUGUGUUAUUCAAUAUAAGAGCCGUACUUAAUGAAACUGUAAACCAAUGGAUAGCAAUAGCCUUUUCCGAGGACGACAAAAUGGGAGAUGACAGUGUGGUUCAAUGUGUGUCUAACGAAGCUGGUGCUAUAGAGAUCAAGCAUUCAUACAAUGACGACAAGAACAACAUAAGAGUUAAACAGCCUACCCUUGGCCUGAGGAAUACAUCUGCACGUUUUGUAGACGGUGUUUUUGAAUGUUCGUUUGUAAGAGACCGUCAUGUAGAUGAUGAAAAGAUUUUUGAUUUGGACAGAAACUGGAAUAUUCACUUUGCUUACGGCAAAUCAAAGAAAGGUAUAAUGCUACCGCAUACACUAGCAGAAAAGCCUCAUGUAUCAGACGACUCAGUUGACUUCUCCCGCAGUAUUCUUAGACCGAAUCUAGUUACAGCUAGUCCUUUCUUUAUCAAAAUUCACGCUGCAUUGAUGAUCUUUGCGUGGAUAUUGUGUGCAUCAGUUGCUAGUGUGAUUGGGCGUUAUUUCCAACCUUAUUGGUGGGGCGAGAAAAUGUUCGGUAGUAAAACUUGGGUGAAGGUACAUUGGUUAUUUGUGAUGAUCACAUGUUCAGCAGUUAUUGCUGGAUUUGCAGUCAUCUUUGUCGGAGUUGACGGUAUCAGCCAAUUGUUUGAGCACCCGACUUACACUUUUAAUGGCACCCAUCCAAUAAUGGGAUUGGUAGUGUCUCUGCUAGCCCUGCUUAAUCCAUUGCUGUUGUGUCUACGACCAUCAGAAGAUUCCUCCAGCAGGGCGUUUUUCAACUGUUUGUACUGGCUGGUCGAAAUAGGAGCACAUGUCCUUGCUGUUGUAACAAUAUAUGCUGGUUUUGGUCUGGCUAGCUUCCUUGUACCAUCCUUCUUCACUUUCCUUAUCAUCGGCUUCACUGUGUACCAAAUCCUCAUCCUUCUGUUCAUGGAGGCACUCAAAAGUUACGAUGCAAAGAAGACGAUAGAGCGCAAGAAGACGUAUUUAUAUGAAAUGCAAAUUCGCCCAUGGAACGCUAGGAAAAACAAUAGCUUAGCCGCUUAUAUGGACCUCAAUCAUACGAAAAAGGGUUUGAAACAGAGGGUCUUGCACCCCAUUUAUUUUCCCUUCUGCCUUGCCCACGUUUGA